UCUUCACGCAAAUUGGAUUAUGGCCAUUACGGAAGGACCUUGCUCCUCAAAGGGAGCGCUAUCCAUGGAUAACUACCCUAAUUAUUUGGCUAUAACAAUAACACAAAACUUGUACAAAAGGAUCGCCGAGGAAGAAGUUUUGGGUUAAUAUGAAGUCAUUCCGUCUGUCGCUGCCAAAAUAUACAUACUAACCGCGGUAACAUAAUGAACAAGUUUGACAUGACAAACCAAGCCGCGUUGUUGUGGUUGUUUCGUGUUAUUAUUUUUAUUAUCAUUGCUAUUUUACGCAGAGCUUAGUGUGAACCCCCCUCAUGAACUAACAUAAAUAUGCUAAAAUUGUUAUCGUCGUCGUCAUCGAUGUUGGACUACCUCACGUCUACUAGACUUAACACCGGUGGUUAUCAUCCAAAGCCAAAAAUAACAAAACAACAGGAGACAUUCUCUCAUGUUUAGGACAAACACUUCGAACAUCUUGUCGUUUGUGUGGGUGAGUGAGUACGCUGUAAAUGUGCGUGCAAAGUGAAAAUAUUUAAAUGCCGUGAACUCGAUAUAAAAAGAAAGUUUGGAAUAUCCAACAUUUCGUAUUAUUCACGAACAACGUGCGUAUACAAAUUUUUGAAACUACCGGUCAUCAAGUAAAAGUAAAAAACCUUAAAUACGUUGUCGUUCGUUUUCAAGAGAAACGUAAAAACGUCAUCGCGACCGUCAUUUCAUCAUCAUACCUUCAGCCACUACCACCACUACGAACAAGGAUUAUACAUCGUCUUUCGGAGCCAUUAGAAAACGAAAAAUUAAACCAAACGAAAGGAACGAGAACUAAACAGCUGCUGUAAUUCAACGUACAUCAAUAAUUGCUGAAGGAAAAUAGAUGACCACGACGACGACGACGACACAUUGUAACUGUACUGCAACUAUAAAAUCGACACAUUUUCAUUUGGACAUACGACACUUAUUGCCAAGUCCAUCAUCGCCAAUUACGGGCUUUCUAGAAGCGGCAAAUUUCAUUACUAGAAAUAGAUUGCAUAGCCAUUGUCGGUGAUAUGGGCGUAAGGAGAAGGAAUGUCUUUGAUUUGGCUUCACAACAACAACUGCAGCAAACCCAUCGAAAAUGUCACCACAGACAAUCGCAUGGGUCAGGGAAAAGCAGAAGGACUACAACAAAUGUGGACAAACAAAAGACUAUAAGUGGGACUACUACUAUCAACCAACAAGUGAACGCAUACAAUGAACAAAUCAAACAGUCAGCACCAACUUCAGCGCCAAUACCAUCACCAUCAGCACAACCGUCAACAACAUCACCUCCCGCUAGCCACCAUCGUCACCGUCUCCACCACCAACAACAACAGCAACAUACAGCAAAAAAUCGCCAACGAAAGCCACAAUUUCUGACGGUGGUGCUGCCACACCAACACUCAAUCGAUGGCAACAACAUUCAAUCGAAUCGGAAAAAUAAUCACGACCAGGACAGCAACAGCAAUUCAACCUACAGAGGCCAAGUAGCAGUGACACUACCAUCAUCCUCACAUACACACCGUAGUGGACAUGCGAGUUACAAGUAUGAAACUCAUAGAAAUAAUAAACGAACGGAAUUAGAAACGGCGGAAACGGAAAUUUUAAAUACCCCGGAAACAGACAUUCUGUCGCCAUCAUUCAAACGAAACAACCCGCUAAAGCGAUUUUUUGCCUCAGCACCGCCCGGAAGGAUUAAUUUGUUAAAAUGUUUUAUUGAGCAUAGUUCCAGAGUGUUAUGGGCGACGCUGCUCUUUGUGACACUGCUCUGCCUAUCUUCAUCGUCUUCAAGGCAUCAUACGAAAGGGCUUUGCAGUUCCACCCUGGGAUCAUUGGCCACUCUAACAUGGGCCACAAGGGUCUCCCCAUCAAUAGUCUCGGCUGCCUCAACAUAUGAGCCCAUCAUCAUUAAGUACGACAUAGUCAAUCGAGAUGAUGAUGGCAUGACUGUCGAGGAUAUCGAUGUCAAUAGCAAUGAACAACAAUUGCUGGCCUACUACAAGAAAGCCCAAAAGGAACAUGAGGAGGAAUUGAGGAGACAACAUCAGCAGCAGCAACAACAAAAGCACCAUCAUCAAGAGCGUGACAUAGAUCGUGAGACGCUAAGACCAGCAUUGCAGUUUGACGAUAUUAUACCCACAGCCGACGUCAUAUCAUCCCUUAAUAUGGUCGAGGAUUUGGGUAAACAUAAGAAGAGUACAGCCUCCAAACGUAGCACUACAAAGCGGGCAAGUUCGAUGACUGCAUUGCCGUCAAGCACGUUAACAACAUUGACGACUACCACAAUUGCAACCACAUCGACGACUGCGACGACAACAACAACAUCAAAAACAGCUACAACUGCCACACCGGAAGAGAAGUGCGAGCCAAAAGUACUGGACGAGGUACCCGCAGAGCCGUAUUAUGACUUUGCCGAUAUUGCCGAAGAUGCUGCUCGUCAAUUUGCGGAAUUCUUAUCCGGUAGAUUUCCAUCAUCUCCGCCCUCGGUGAUUACCGAUGAAAUACGUGACGAAGUGCGGCGUCGUGCCAAUACCAUUGCCAGCUAUGCCCUCAAUGAGGAUGAACAUUUGCUGGCAUUUGCUUUGGCAGCACCCAGUAUACAUACGGUUGUGGUUAAAUUUAAAGAAAACGUUACGAUACCACCGGAGCAGGUGCAUAAUCGUGGAUUUUUAGGCUCUUAUUGGCGCGAGCUUGGACAUGCUUGGAAUAGCACAGAUGGUUCACAGGAAUGGGGAACUCCAUUUCGAGACUGUAAUCUUUUAGUGAGUCGAUGGUUGUGGCCCUUUAGAAUAUCCUUGGUGGAAUCAAAAUUCAAAAUUGUUGCUGCUGCCUUUAUUGCCGCAGAUGAGGAUGUAUGCAAUGAUGGUUUGGAACAAAUAUUUGGACGCAAACAUGGUUGCGAUCGUAAUACCACCUUUUGUUUAUUAACCGAAAAUAAACCCGCCGCCACCCGAGAUGUUUAUACCUGCAUUUGCCGUGAAUCAUAUUAUUUACCCAAUUCCACCUUGCAAGGCUUUCGUGGUGAUAUUGUAGAGAUGUCUGAGGGAUUUGAUAACUACUCGUGUAUACCUUGUCCUGCCGGUUGUUCGAAUUGCGAUUCGAAUGGUGUCUGUCUGCUUGGUGAAGAUCAAGAGGCUGUCUCACUGGAAAGCCUACUGAAGGUAUCUGUGGGCUCAGUGCUGGGCGCAUGCAUCUUGUGCUGUCUGGUAUUGAGUGUGAUUGUGUUUCAACAAAGAAAGUGUAAGGCCAUUGCAUCGGGUAUGUGGACUGUGUUGGAAACAAUAUUAUUGGGUAUAGUUCUGCUUUAUGCAUCGGUUGCCAUCCAUUUCUUCCCCGCAUCAACGGAACGGUGCAUCAUCGAACCAUGGUUGCGAGAACUAGGCUUUAUAACUUGUUAUGGUGCCAUUAUACUUAAACUAUAUCGCCAUUUAGUUGAUUUUCGCACACGCAAGGCUCAUCGCUGGGUUUUACGUGAUGUCGACCUACUCAAAUAUCUGGGCACCAUGGUAUUUGCCGUUGCCUGUUACAUGGCUGCAUUCACAGCGUCUUCAUUGGAUCUACUGAAAAUCGCUCAUUUGGAGAGUUUGCGAGAGGUGAAUACGAAUACGUGUCAACCAUUGCAUUGGGAAUAUGUGACGCAGCAUAGUGAAAUACUCAUAUUGAUAUUUGGCCUGCAUUUAGCAUAUGCCAGUCGCAAUGCCAAUACACAAUUCAGGGAACGCCAAUUUCUCGAGGUGACAUUAAUUAUAGAAUUUGUCGUAUCUUCCGUGUUUUAUAUACUACGUUACAUGUACUUACCUGUCAUGAGUCCAAGUGCCAUAUUUUUGGCACUUUUUAUACGCUCUCAACUAACCAAUACCAUCGCAUUGGGUCUGAUAUUUGUGCCAAAAUUGUGGUAUCAACAUAAGCAGGUCCGUUCCCUUGCCCAUGAUCUAUCCUUACGUUUACCUGUGGAUGCUUUCAAGGGUUCUCAUGAUGUUGGCCAACGUUUGGGUGGUGGCUAUGCCGGCCUAUGCCUGGGUGAUCCGGAUAUCGGUGAGCUGACAAUAUCGGAAAUGAGUCCUGAAGAUAUACGUGCUGAACUCAAAAGACUGUAUACUCAAUUAGAAAUAUUGAAAAAUAAAACUUUACGCCAGGACAAUCCACAUAUCAGUAAAAGACGUGGUGGACGUAAAGCUGGCCAUAGACGUUUCUCCCUACAGAAAAAGGGAAGCAAAGAUAAGGCCCUGAGUGCCAAGCAUCGCAGCAACAAACAUCAGCAGGAUAUGGAAAUAACCGAAGCUGAACCCUCACGAACACCCGAAGAUUCCGUGUGUAGUAAUGAAGGACCCACAGACACCUAUGCCGAAAUAUCGGGCAUCUCUCACUCCAUGCUAUCCCACUCGGUUGUGUCACAUUCAAUGACAUCCCAUAACAAAUAGAAUAAAACCAACAAAAACCAUAACAACAACGGCAGCAAUAACAACCCAAACCAAAAAAAACAGCUCGAUCACAACAACAGCAACAACAAAUUUAACUAACAGCAAAUACAAUAAUAAGCAUAACAAUUUGUAAUGUAAAUAAAGUUAAAAAAAUUAUAUAUAUAUACAUAAAAGAAUCAUAUAUAUACAUACA